AUGCUCGCCUGCAGGUGCCAAGCCCGGCGGUCACUCGCUCAGGCCGUUCGCACACGAUCGCACGCGCCCCCCACCUCGUCGCCGUCGCACCGCCUCGUCGGUCGCACCAUCAGCACCUCCUCUCCCGCCUCGGCGCCCCCCUUGGGCUUCAGCUCGGCAUCAUCUACAUCUCACUCUGCGUCCUCUUCAGCUGGAAGACGCAACAUCCUUGGCCUCGGUGCUGCUGCCACAGUAGCAGCUCUGUCCGCCGCGGUGGUUGGGUCCUUGCUUGAGAACGUGGGUACUCUUCGGCCUAUCCUUGGUCGCUCGGCCUUUCGCCGCAUGGACCCAUUGGCCCCUUUCGGAUCCGAGCUAUGAUCUUGUACUGACGCUCAUUCUCUCUUCAUAGUCAUCGAAACCACUCGAGUGCAAGGCCGCUGCGAUCGAUAGGUCCACACACUCGGGCGAGCUGCCCGUCGAACUGCGCAAGCUCGGCCUAUCGUACGACGCAAGUACAGCAGACCACCCGGGCCGGCAGUCCAGAACGCGAUGCUGACACUUCAUUUUCUUUUCCCACUACGGCCUGCGACUUCUACAAUACGAUCGGGCCCGUGCAAUUCACUGGUCCCUCCCCCGACCACCCCCACAUGUGCUCACAGGCAAAGCCUCCUAUCGACCUCGACGACACUUCCAUCCCGAUGCGUGAUCGCAUGGUAGCCCACAUCCAGUCACUCCAGGAUAAUAUCUGUCACGUGCUCGCCACGCUCGAGAACGACGACCCCUCUUCCUCCCCUACUGCUGGAUCCGGAUCGACCGAAAAGAAGGACUUCCGGUCUUCGUACUACCUUCGGGACAACGGCAAGGGCUUUGGUGACUCGCGCGUAUUACAAGACGGUAAAACGUUCGAAAAGGCGGGGUGUAACAUCUCGGUCAUUCAUUCGACCUUGUCGGUCGCUGCCGUCAAGCAGAUGCGUGCCGAGCGGUUCGAUUGGUGGGACGGCAAAACCGAAUUGCCGUACUUUGUCGCCGGUUGCUCGUUGGUCGUUCAUCCCGUGAAUCCGCACGCCCCGACGAUUCACUUCAACUAUCGAUACUUUGAGAUCCACGACCCCAACGAUGAUCCCAAUGCCCCUCCCAAAGCAUGGUGGUUCGGAGGGGGGACCGACAUCACCCCUUCCUACCUCUACGAAGAGGACAUCCAGCAUUUCCACGGCUUGCACAAGCAAGCGUGCGAUCGACACGACAAAUCGUACUACCCCAAGUUCAAGAAGUGGUGCGACACGUACUUUUACCUCCCCUUCCGCGUUGAGACACGUGGUUUCGGCGGCAUCUUUUUCGACGAUUUGGCCGACGGAGACGAUGCCCAGGCCUGCUUCAACUUUGUGAGGGAUUGCUCGAAACAGUUCCUUAGGGCUUACUACCCCAUCAUGCAGAGGAGGAAGGAUCAGCCUUUUACCGAGGAAGAGAAGAGGUGGCAGCAGUUGAGGAGGGGCCGCUAUGUCGAGUUCAACAUGAACAUCGACAGGUCAGUCCCACCUAUUUCAAAGCUUGCCGGCGGACGGGUUUUGCGAUACUAAGCCGCCCUUUCUUUCAUUGCACACAGGGGCGUUCGCUUCGGAUUGGCGAUGAAGCAGCCUCGAGUUGAGAGUAUUCUCAUGAGUCGUAAGUCGAGCCAUUCAGACCCUCAGGUGAAAUGUGCAGCUGAUGUGCGCGCUGUGGGUGGUCCCUUCAGUUCCCCUAACCGCUCGAUGGGAGUACGAAACUGAAAUGGGCACGCAAGAAGGUUCGCCCGAGAAGAAGGUUCUGGACAUCCUCAAACAACCCAUCGAAUGGGUUUAG